CUCUGUUCACACUCUGUUCACACUCAGAGUUAGUCGAGUGUAGAGAGCUUGUGCUGUGUGAGAGAUGUUGAAAGAGGAGAGUUGUGAUGGUGGUAAUGAUGGAGGCAACAAUUGGGCUCGUGUCUGCGACACGUGCCACUCCACGGCUUGCACGGUGUACUACCGAGAAGAGUCGGCCUACCUCUGUGCCGGAUGUGAUGCCCGUGUGCAUGCUGCAAACCGGGUAGCCUCGCGCCAUGAACGUCUGUGGGUGUGCCAGGCAUGUGAGCGCGCACCUGCUGCCUUUUUGUGCAAGGCAGAUGCUGCAUCCUUGUGCACCACAUGUGAUGCCGAUAUCCACUCCGCCAAUCCGCUCGCACGUCGCCACCAGCGUGUCCCAAUCCUUCCAAUUUCAGGGUGCCUAUAUGGCCCCUCUGCCGCUGAUCCAGGCGGCCAAAAAAUGGUAGCGGCAGCUGAAACCGAAGAUGGUUUUAUAGUAACGGAGUUAGACGAGACAAUUGUCGAGGAAGAUGAGGACGAGGCGGCUUCAUGGUUAUUGCUGAAUCCUGGGAAAAGCAGUACCAACCAGAAUACCGGGAUCUUAUUCGAUGGCGAGGUUGAUGAGUAUCUGGACGUCGUGGAAUACAAUUCAAACGUUGAGAAUCAAUUCACUGAUCAAUAUAACCAGCUUCAACAACGUUAUGGUGUUCCACACAAGAGUUAUGGGGGUGUCAGUGUGGUGCCAAUUCUAUCUACAGGUACCGAAAAUUACUUGCAGCAGAAGCAACAUCAGAAUUUUCAGAUCGGCCUGGAUUAUGAUUACUCUAAAGCUGCAUACAGCUACAAUGGUUCCAUCAGUCACAGCGUAUCAGUUUCUUCGGUCGAUGGUGGGGUUGUACCGGAAUCAAAUAUUAGUGACAUUCCAACGUCGCACGUGUGGCCUUCUAAAGGUACAAUUGACCUCUUCUCUGGACCUCCCAUUCAGAUGCCAUCUCAACUUACACCAAUGGACAGGGAGGCCAGGGUCCUUAGAUAUCGAGAGAAGAAGAAGACAAGAAAGUUUGAGAAGACAAUAAGGUAUGCUUCAAGGAAAGCAUACGCAGAAACAAGACCUCGAAUUAAGGGUCGGUUCGCAAAGAGAACGGAUUCGGGAGUUGAAGUGGAACAGAUGUUCUUCACAACACCGAUGACGGAAACUGGAUGUGGCAUUGUCCCUCCAUUCUGA